AUGAAAGCUUGCUGCCCUGGGUAUGAAUCUAUUAAAGACAGAGGAUGCCAAUGGUUCUUUCUAUUAAUCUUUGUAGAGAUAAACUUUGAAAAUAAGAAGUACGAGUAUGACCUUGAAGCCAAUGUCACAAUGUCAGCGUCAGUGCAAGAAAAAGAUGUGGGGAAAUCUGUUCUGCGGCUUACUGGAAAGUUUUAUAUUGUUGGAGGGGAGCAGCAGAACACCCUCAGGUUUACUUCUCUAAAAGCAGAAGAUGCUGUUGGAAUCCAUCCAUGGGACACUACUGCACCUCCCAGCCAACCUCAAUCAUUUACUUCAUGUGUCAAGUAUACCUACACUUUUGGCUACUCCAAUGGGAAGGUUCACAACAUACACGUCCCAAGAGAAGCACCUGACCACUGUGUGAACCUUGCCAAAGGGCCCAUGAAUUCGUUUCAUAUAACAGUAAAAAACGACCAAGAGUAUAAUCUACAAGAGGAUGGGAUUUUAGGUGAGUGCCACACAAGAUACAUUAUCCAAGAUGACAGGAGGAACAACAGGGCCAUCAUCACUAGGACCAAAGACCUGAACAACUGCAGGAACAAAGUGAUGAGGAGCAUUGGAAUGUCCUACAUCCAACAUAACCCUAACUGCCUGCUGAAAGAUAGAAUGGUCCAAGGGACUGCAGCAUUCACCAUGAAGCUGAAAUAUAAUAGCGCUGGAUCUAGCGCUCAGAUCACUCAAGUCAACGCUGAACAAGUCUAUCUGGUUUAUCCAUUCAGUGAAGCCGAUGGUGCUGGAAUUAUGAAAGUCACGCAAAAGCUUACCCUGACAGAUGUGAAAAAUGAAGUUGCCCAACUGCCACAGACUCAACUUGAGAGUGCAAGCAUUCAUUUCAGCUUGCCAGAGAAGCUGCCCCCGAUGACUCUUGUCAGAGGAAACCUUAAUCAACAGAUUGAAGAGAUAUUGCAACAGUUUGACCACUUGCCGCAAAGCAUCCGUGCAGCAAUUGCCUCCAAGCGCCUCUUGGACCUUACCCAGCUGAUCCGUGUUUCGAAUUAUGAACGUCUGCAACCUCUCUGGGCUAAGUUUGCGAACAGACCUACUGUCAGGCAAGCGUUACUGAUUGCAGUCACCUAUGCAGGCACUGUAGAUUCAUUGAAGCUUGUGAAAGACAAAGUCCUCUCAGGAGAACUGCACCAAGCUGAAUCGUAUUGGGUGGUUCCCCUAACCUUACACUCUGCCAACCCUAGCAUAUCUAAAGUGGAAGAGACUGCUAGAGUGGCAACGGAAAUACUCAACAAAUACAGAAAAUCCGCAUUUUUGCUUCAGAAGCUUGUUUACCUGGGAUUUGGGUCCCUGGUCCAAAAACAAUGUUCUCAGACUCGCCCCUGCCACAGUAAAUUGCUUGAGCCUCUCCACAGCUAUCUAACUGAGGCAACUAGGGAGCACAAUGAAAACAGAAUUAUUCUGGCUCUGAAAGCUAUUGGCAAUGCAGGGCAGCCAGCCAGCUUGAAGCAAGUGAAACUCCUGGUUGAUUCUGACAAAUAUUCAGAAUAUAUUCAAGCAGUUGCUGUUCAGACUCUGAUGAAAAUUGGUAAACAGGAGCCUACAAAGGUGCAAGGCAUUCUCCUUCCGAUCUUUAUGAACCCUGCACACCAUGUUACAGUCCGAAUGAUGGCUUGCAUUGGCCUCUUUGAAACCAACCCUGCCAUCCCUACCGUGACAGCUGUUGCUAGCACAUUGCUGAAAGAGCCCAAUUUGCAACUGGUCAGCUUUGGCUACUCUCACAUGAAGGCUCUGGCAAACAUCAGGAGGAUCCCACUGUACUACAGCUUGUCUUCUGCUUGCAAUGUGGCCAUUAAACUUCUGAACCCCAGACUUGACCAACUACCUUACAGUUACAGCAAAGUUGUUUAUCUGAGUGGCUUCAAUAAUGUACACAGAAUUGGGGGGCUUGUGAAAUUGUACUUGAUGGAGAACCCCAAAACAAUGUUCCCCUCAAAUAUAAUUGUUAAUACAGAAGCAGUCUUUGCAGGUGCAACUGUCCAGCCACUAGAGGUUGCGUUCCAAACUCAAGGCCUCAAGGACCUGAUCUUGAAGCAUCAUUUCCCAUUUUCUAAAUCCUUUGCCGAUCAGAAGAUAAGAGACACUGAAGCAAAGCUGCCAGGAUUCAAAGAAUUCUCUCCUGAAAAGCCUUUAUUAUCUGCCUCUGUUACAAUGUUUGGCCAAGAAGUUGUCUUUGCCACCCCUGAAGAAAUACUGCAAAUUAUGAAGAUACAGGAAGAAAGACCACAUUGGCUGCAAAUAUUGCACAAAUUCUUUGAAAUAUUCAAAACCAACAUUAAUGAACAAUUUACUCUAGCUCUGAUGCUAGAAACUCGGCAGGUUUUUGGAAGCUGUAUUGGCGUGCCAUUGGAAUUAAGCUUGAAUGCCAUUGCCAAAACACAUGUUUCAGCAAAGGCAAGAACAGAGUUAUCUCAUGAUGAUCUCAGACAAGCCAAGGUGCAAGUUCAGGUUGACAGCAACAUUGACUUCCACGGCUAUGGAAAGCUUUCAUGGGGAGUGAAUACAGGUUUCCUGCAAAAUGGAGUGGAAAUGAAAGCCGAAGUCCAUACAGAAGGUGCAGGGAAGUUGAAUGUAACAGUGGACAUGAAAAAUAAGAAUGUCAAAUUUGAAGCUGGCUUACUCCAAAGACAAACUGAGUUGGCAAGGGCAAGCCACGAAGCACAUGUUGUCUCAAGAUAUCCACAAUCUGAGAAGAAGGCUCCAAUUCUCCCAGGACUUGAAAUUGAUAUUUUGGAUGGACACUUCAAUUCAGGAAAAGGCGAUGUUCAACAAAAAAGUUAUUCCCACAAAUCUGGGCCUAAAGAUGUGUGCUACCGGGUACCAGUGUUCCAUUGGAUGAUGUGUUCAGAGACCACCAAGGAAACAGAAGAUGUUGUUCCCUUGCAAAAUACAUGGAUGCACUUCUUGUGUGAAAGACAUGAAGUGAAACUUCUAGUGAGACCAGGCAUUGCUAUGGACAAGAUUCAGGGAGAGAUCCAAAUAGGCUCUGCAACACUCAGGAUGAGAAGGGACGUGAGACCUUCCGAAGCAGCAAAGGAAGGUAUAGGCAAAGCACAGAAGAAUGCAAAGCAUGCGAAAGGCCACGAUCCUGAGCCCUACGCAAAAUCAGAUAGUUCCCCAUCUUCAUCCUCCAGCUCUUCUUCUUCCUCUUCUUCCUCACCUUCUGCUAAAAAAUGGCAGAGCAAAAAGAGGGGUGAUAGCAGCAGCAGCAGUGACAGCGACAGUGACAGCGACAGUGACAGCGACAGCGACAGUGACAGCAGCAGCAGCAGUGACAGUGACAAUAAAGCAGCACGUUACCAUGGAUCCAAGCGUCCUCACCAACGCAAGUCCAGAGAUGGUUCUUCCAGCAGCAGCAGUGAUAGCAGUAGCAGCAGCAACAGUGACAGCAGCAACAGUGACAGCAGCAGUAGUAGUAGCAGCAGCAGCAGCGAUAGUGAUAGCAGCAGCGGCAGCAGCAGCGGCAGCAGCAGCGGCAGCAGCAGCGGCAGCAGCAGCGACAGCAGCAGCGGCAGCAGCAGCGGCAGCAGCAGCGACAGCAGCAGCGGCAGCAGCAGCGACAGCAGCAGCGGCAGCGGCAGCAGCAGCGACAGCAGCAGCGACAGCAGCAGCGACAGCAGCAGCAGCAGCAGCAGCGAGAGCUCUGAAAUUUCCAGGAAAAAGGGACGUCGGUCAGAGAUUUAUGAGUUUGUUUUCAGAUCGGAACGUGAACAGCAGUCAAGAAAACAGCAAACUGGUGGCCGUCGCCGACCAAGCAGCAGCAGCGGUAGCAGCGGUAGUAGCGACAGUGGCAGCAGCGGCAGCAGCUCCUCUUCCUCCAGUUCUAGCUCAAGCAGUGAAGAAUAUGGAAGAGACUCUUCGUCCCAGAAGUUGGAACAAGUUCUGUCCGCUCAUCUCCACUUCAUCCGUGGUGAUAAGCGAUUAGACGGACUCAGCACUGUGGUAUAUGCCAGCUCCUCCAUGGUAAAAAUGACAGUGAGAAACAUCAUGCAGCCAAGGAAUCCAGUCGUCUGUUUCGAAAGUGCAAUGGUCAACCCUCACAAACUCAGGGCCUCUCUGCAAGCAGGCCGGAAUUGUCAGGCCUACAAGGUGGCAGCAGAAGUUGAGACGGGUUGGUUUGCUAAUCAUCCAGCAAUUCAGUUCAAGGCCCAGUACCCCAAGGUUCCUGCACUAGUGGCAUCCAUUGGGCAACAGGUAUCUACAGUGUUCCCUGGAGCUGCUUACAUGAUGGGCUUCUCACAGAAAAUUCAAAGAAACCCCUCUCAAGAGACUAUACUGGUCAUAGCCCUAACUGAUCCAAGAAAUUACGCCAUGGUCUUGAAGAUGCCAACUGUGACCAUCUAUGGUGAAGACUGCAUGCUUCCAUUUUCACUGCCAAUAGGUUCCUCUACCCAUACUUCAAAACUCUGGGAUGUUCCAUCAAGGAUCCUUGCUAGUCUGAAUGGUGCUUGCUCAGUAGAAGGUCAAAAGGUCAUAACCUUCAGUGGACGAAGCUUUGACAAAGGAUUGGCUUCAGAUUGCUUCAUGAGUUUGUUACAAGACUGCACCUGUGACAAGAAGUUUAUGGUGCUGAUGAAAUAUGACUCUCACAAUGACAACUACAUACAAAUCAAAAGCAAUUUUGGGGACACGGAAAUCAUCCUUGAAAAUGUCAGUGGAAAGCCCAUAGUAAAAAUUAAUGGUACUGUAAAAGCAAUGGAAAGUCUCCCACUCCGACUUGAAGACUUGUCCAUCAUAAUUCUACAGAAAGAUGGCAAAAUUAUCCUUUCUUGUCCAUCGCUGGGGCUUGAGGAAUUGCAGUAUGGUGGACUUAACGUCAAGGUUACGGUUACUCCAUUGAUUGGAUAUACAUGUGGUCUCUGUGAGUUGUAUGGCGCAAAUGAAAGACAGUUCCGAACACCAAGUGGCUCCUCAGCUAAAGAUGAAGUGAGCUUUGCUCAGUCCUGGGUGGUCUCUGAGGCAUGUGAUGGAGCAUGCAAACUGCAGCACUCAGCUGUGAGACAUGAGAAUCCAAUCCUGAUUGGAGAAGAAAAUCCACAGUGUGUUUCUAAUCUGCCCGUGCUGCGCUGUAAGGAAGGAUGCACAGCCACCAAAACCACCCAAACUUCUGUUGGCUUCCACUGUGUGUCAGCUGGGGCAACCUUGCCUACUGAACUGACAAAGCUGGCUGAAAAAUCAGAAGACAUGGUAGACACUAUUGAAUCACACACGUCAUGCUCUUGUAACCAACAGACAUGCGAAUCAUGAAUUCCCUACCGAACCAAUUAGAAACCUGUAAUACUGUUUACUGUGGGGGGGCAGUAUGUCAAUUCUAGGCAACUGCACAUAUGUUAAUUUAAGUAUUUAAAAACUCUACUGAACUUUCUAAAGCAAUCUGAUUUUCUAAAGAAAGUUGAGCCAUAUUCCUGUAGAAACAAAGGUAACUGUGAAUGAAAUGUGAAUGAUUACUUUCUAAUAAACAC